GGAAUCUCGAAUCCAUGAAGGGAGGAGGAACCAGAGGCUAGUCCUGGCUACUCUGGGGCCUCUGAGAUACGUAGGGCUGAGGAUUUUUAAAUCCUGAAUGGGGCAGGAGCCAAGUAUGUGAACACCUAGGACCUUGGCAGGGUGGGAGCAGGACAUCGAAAUACUUGGGUUCAUAAGGAUGGUAGGGCUGGAGGUAUGGGUCAGGACUGGGAGUAGAAACUAAGUAUCUGGGUCUUCUAGGAACUGGGGACUGAGGGACUGGACACCUGGGACUGUGAGGGAUGUAGAAAUAGUUGAAGCCUGAUGCCCUUGACCCUGAGAGAGGUCACUGGUAGGGAACGUGUUUUCCUGGACUCCCGAGAAAGUCCAGGAACUAAAAAGCCAGAUGGCCCUCAGAGCCCCUCCUGAAUCCCUUGCACAGGGAGUUUUGUCAUCAUCUACGUCCUUAUGCUGUUCUUGGUCGGGUUUCCUCUCCUUGUGCUGGAGAUGGCAGUUGGUCAGAGGAUUCGUCAGAGCAGCAUUGGUGUGUGGAAGAACAUCAGCCCCUGGAUUGGUGGUGUGGGGUAUACCAGCCUCCUGGUGAGGAGCCCUGGGCUGCCCAGGCCUACCCUUUACACCAUCCCCUAUCCCAACCCUUGUCCUGGAAUGAGUUCCCUGAUUUCACUUCCUUUGGUCAAAUCCCUUCAGUUCCCCAAUCCCCUGUCAAAUCCCCUCCCUUCUGCUGGCCUACCUUUCUUCCCCUGCCUCCAGAAUUCUUCAUGGUCCCUAGGUAUGCUUCAUCGUGGGCUUGUACUAUAGUGUGCUCAUGGCUUGGAGUCUCUACUAUUUGGCUCAGUCUUUCCAGUCUCCACUGCCUUGGGAAUUAUGUCCCUUACUGAGGAACUCCAGUAAUUUUGAUCCUGAAUGUACACGGACAACGUCCACCGUAUACUUCUGGUACCGGCAUGUACUGAAGGUCACAGAUGAAAUUGAGAUAGGUGGGCUACCAGUCAUGCACCUCAGUGUCUCUCUCUUUGUGACCUGGUUAAUUAUUUGCAUCUCCAUGAUCAAAGGGCCGAAGUCCACUGGAAAGAUGCUGUAUGUCUCAGUAUUCCUUCCCUACAUCAUCUUUUUCUGUGUCCUUGCCCGGAGUCUCAUGCUGAAAGGAGCAGGAUUUGGUCUCCAGAGUUUGUUGGUUGCUAAGGUGCCAGCCCUGUACUCUAUGGAAGUGUGGCGCCGGACAGGGAACCAUCUCUUCUUGUCCAUGGGCUCCGGCUUUGGCAGCUUCACUGCAAUCAGCUCAUACGUCCCUCGGUCCAACAACUGCAUCGUGGAUGCCUUUGCUGUGGCUCUUCUCAACAUGGUUAUCUCAGUGACUGCCACGGUGUUUGUAUUUUCCAUAAUGGGCAACCUGGCCACACUGAACAAUGAAAAAUGUUACUUGAUGUGAGCCCAGUCUUUCAUAUGGAGAGCAUCACAAAGACCCAAGUCUUAGAAAUAGCUCAUAGAACUCCAGCCUAGGCCCCCAUUCCUCAGGGAUGUUGGCUCAGUCAAUGUGGGUCUCUCAAAUUGGAGCCUCCUAAACCUUAGAAACACUUGAAUCUCUCUCUCUCUUUAAGAGCUGCCUUUCUAAACUAAGAAAACCCCAAACUUGGACAUUUUCAAAGAUGUGUUUGCCCCAUUCUUAACUGGAGACUGGCAUGAAAAAAUUAGGGGGUAACUUCAGCUGAACCAGUAGACCUAAAAAAGGGCACACAGCACCAGAGCCCCCAGAUUCAUUUCAAAAAUACUUAUCAGACAUUUAUUUAUAAAACAUCUAUCUACCAACUCCUUUUGAGUUCUGGAAACAUAGCCGAUGAUGAAUCAGACCACCAUCCCUGCCCUCAGAAAAAUCAGUCUUUUGAAGAAGCAGAUACUAAACAGAUCAUCAGGACUUAGAUGAUAACUGAUAGUAGGAUGGUGGGGACACACAGAAGAGGGAGCUUCUAACUUCCUGGGGCAGUCAGAGAAGGCUUCCUAGUGGAGGCAGUUCUGGCUGAGUCUGUCUCACUAGUAUUCUUUCAAAUAUUUUCCAUUCAUAAACCUAUACGUAAAAUUUUUUAAAAAUUGGAUCAUAUUAUACUACCUUCUGCAACUAGUUGAUUUGACCUUAUGAAAAUAGACCUUGAACAGCUUUCCAUGGCAGUAAAUAGAGUUCAGUGAGCUGAGUAAGGAUUUGUAGGAAUUUACCACAUGGAAAACGGGGGUGGGGGCAGAACUGGGAUAGGCAGAGUUAGGGUAGUUCUGGGCAGAGAGAAUAUCAUACCAAAGGCACUGAGACAAGAGAGUGUGGCAAGUUGAAGGUUUAAUAGUUGCUGUGACUGAAGUGUCAAAGAUGAGGACACGCGAGUGAAGAGGUUGGAGAGGCCAGAAGGUCAAGAAAGCUGAGGAGCUCCCAUGGGACCCUGAGAUUGUUUAGGAGGUGGUAAGGCUCCUAAAACCCUCAAUCAUACUACAGGAAAGACCCCUCCAGGGAUCCACUUCAGUCAGAAAUCCUCUAGCCUCACACAGACACCUUUGGGAUUGUGGGAGUAGAUCUCAGGCCUUGCACACCGGGAUCCCUGAGACCUCAGUGUCAGCAUAGGCUUUACUCUGCACCAGAUCAGAAGUGAAGCUAGUGAUCUCCUUUCUCAUCUAGGAUAUAAGAGAGGAGAAGUUAUUUUAAAGGCCCAAAUGGUUUUAUAUGAUUCCAUCCCUGCCCCCAGGAAUGCUGAGAAAGUGAUGAAUCUGGUCACUGCCGGGGUGCUGCCUCCUGAGCUCCGGCUCCCAGAGAGUCUGUAUCAGCAUAUGAGCUACAGCUACCCCACAUGGUUUGGCAACCUCCCUGAACAAGCCAAAAGCAUGGCCCAACCCUAUUUGUCCAAUUGUGACAUAUCUGAGAAAUUGAAGGAGGUUAUGGAGGGGCCAGGUGUAGCCAUUGUGGCAUUUACUGACAUCAUCUCUGUGUUUUCUGGAUCCACCUUCUGGUCUAUCAUGAUCUUCGUGUUCCUGGUGACCAUGGGGCUGAGCACUAUGCUAGGGAUCCUGCAGGGCCUCAUCACCCCUCUCCAGGACACCUUCUUGCCCCUUAGGAGACAUACAAAGCUGCUCACAGUGGGUGUCUGUGUGCUUAUGUUCCUGGGCAGCCUCAACUUCGUGCGGCCCUCGGGCAGCUACUAUGUGAACCUGAUGGAUGAUUACUGGGCAUCUUUGCCUCUCUUCUUCAUUCUCAUCUCAGAGAACAUGGCCAUGGCCUGGAUCUAUGGGGCCCGGAGGUUCCUUGCAGACUUGACAAUCAUAUUGGGCCGCCCUAUCUCCCCCAUCUAUCGUUGGCUGUGGUGUUUUGUGUCUCCACUUGUGCUGCUGGUCCUGUUUGUAAGCACCCUGACUCAUCUGUAUCUGAAGCCCAUCACUUACAUGGCCUGGAACUCAAGCAUUUCAAAUGAGACAACCCAUAAUUAUCCAUCAUGGGCUAAAGUCCUGCUUGUAUUGCUCAUUGUCGUCACCACCUUGCCCAUCCCUGCCUACUUCUUGUACACCCUCUUGAAGAUGAUUUUACCAGUCUCCAGGAUGAAGCGCAGGGGUACAGUGUUCAUUAGACAUGAAGAUAAAGGGGAUAAAUCACAGCCCCGCCCACGCCUUCAUGUGGGGCUAAACCAAAAGAAGAUGAAUAAAAGUAGAUAACCAGAGAAACAAAUCUGCCAUGUGAGUAAUUUCUCUUGUAAACAAAGACUUGGCUUAUUCGGCAUAAGAUCACUGGCUUUUCAAAGUGGGACUCCCUGGCUGGCAAGUUGACAUUAAAAGAGGUAAAUGUAGCACCUGCUAAUAUAAUUGAACCUAAAGCCUUUUGUUUUUCUGGAUUGGGAAGGUUUUUCUGGCUGAUGGAGAUCAAUAUAGUCAUUCUGCACAUCUCCCACACUUUCCCUCCCCAGACUGGUGUUCUUCGACUUCCAGAAUCUGGCUGAUGGUGACUGCUGACACUGCUUCUCCUAGGCUACCUUCCUCUUGAAGUUGGUUUAUGUAAGGUCUGGUCCCUAUGAAACAAGGGCAAAAAUGGUGGUGGUAAAGUCAGUUGAGUGAAAAUUUAUUUUUGUCAUUAAAAAAAAGUCUCCAAAUCCCACUCUUGCCUUCCCUUGACUCUGUUAAACUCAAAUGCUAGAAUUCCAGAUCUCAGCCUGGUGCUUCCUGUAAGUAAACUGGACCAGAGUGGGACAAUUUACUUAGAAAAUGGUGGGUUCACUGAUUAUGGCAAAGUGGUUAAAUAUCUGCUAGCUGGUGACCUCCUCACAUAUCUCUUAAAUACUUGGAAUAGUUGAUUACUUUACCAAGUCUACCAAUGGACUUAAAACUUCACACAACUGCCCUGGCCAGCGUGGCUCAGUGGUUAGAGCAUCCACCCCCACACUGAAAGAUUGAAGGUUCCAGUACUUCAGUUGUGGGUUCACUCCCUGCCCCGUCAGGGCGGGUUCAGGAGGCAACGAAUGGAUGUAUUCUCUCACAUCAGACUCACAUUGAC